UUUGCAGUAUCUUUCCGAUAUUCUGAUGGGGAAUAGUGGAAUCCAGAAGAUUCAGCUUAACAGUACUGGUAUUGGGGAUGAGGGGGCAAAAGCUAUUGCAGAGCUGCUAAAAAAGAAUUCAACAUUACGUGUUUUAGAGCUUAACAACAAUAUGAUUGAGUUUUCCGGAUUUGCUGGUCUGGCUGGAGCACUUCUUGAAAACAACUCUAUUAGAUCGAUACAUCUCAAUGGGAAUUAUGGCGGUCCACUUGGAGUAGCAAGUUUGGGCAAAGGCAUUGAAGGAAACAAAUCCUUAAGGGUAUUAAUUUUCCCA